AACGGUAAAAAUAAGUCAUGUAAACAUAAGUUGAAAAUGGAAAAAAGUGACCAGCUAGUAAAUAAGACAGAACAUUAUUUAUAUUUCCAUGUUUUUCAGGGGAAGGAAUGGAAAUGUGAUUGGAGUUGAAGAGACUUGGGCUUGAAGCAUAAAAUAGUGGAGCAGAGAGUUACCUCUAAGAUUGACAUGGAAAAUUCCACAAGUUUUUCCAACUGCCAAACAGACCCUUUGCAUUGAAUUCCAAGCUAGCUCUCCUAGUCCUUGCUUAUGUAAUUGCAACACCUGAUAUGUAGCAGCUGACUUAUAUCCAACCUUAUAUAAGAGACUAUGCAGUAUACAACUCAUUCCUGGAUAAAAACUUGUCAUUUUCUCCCCUUCUUUUCCAUUCAUUCUCCGCAAGAAAAUUGUUUUGAGUUAUGGAAAUGGAGGGAAAGCAGAUGUUCUUCCACGGCACGCUUGAAGUUACCGUCUUCCAUGCGACAGCAUACACACCACCAUCGCCUCUGGAUUGCUUAUUUUCAGGAGGAAGGCGAACCUAUGUGACUGUCAAGAUAGAUAACAAAGAGGUUGCCCAGACGAGCCAUGAAUACGACCGUGUUUGGAACCAGACAUUCCAAAUUCUUUGUGCGUAUCCAUCAACUUCUACAGUCACCAUUACAAUGAAAACAUCUCGUUCUGUCUUGGGUAAAUUCCACAUCCAAGCCCAACAGAUUUUGAAAGAAGCAAGUUUCAUGAAUGGUUUCUUCCCGCUUACUAUGGAAAAUGGGAAGCCUAGCCCGGAGCUCAGACUUCGAUUCAUGCUAUGGUUUAAACCGGCUGUAUACGAAUUAAGCUGGAAAAAGAUGCUAGGAAAUGGAGAGUACAAAGGGCUGAGGAAUGCAACAUUUCCUCUAAGGUCCAAUUGUCAUGUGACUCUAUAUCAAGAUGCUCACCACCUCCCUACUUUUCAACCUCCGUUUCACAGUUCGAGUUCACCAAGAAGGCUAUGGGAAGAUGUAUACAAGGCCAUAGAUAAUGCAAAGCAUUUGAUUUACAUUGCAGGCUGGUCCUUCAAUCCAAAGAUGUUGCUGGUAAGGGAUUCUCAGACUGACAUACCAUAUGCUUUAGGAGUAAAGCUUGGUGAGCUGUUGAAGCAGAAGGCAGAGGAAGGUGUAGCUGUGAGGAUAAUGAUAUGGGACGAUGCAACAUCCCUUCCCAUCAUCAAGAAUGCCGGGAUAAUGAAAACACGUGACGAAGAUGCUUGGGCAUAUUUCUCACAUUCGAAAGUUAUAUGUAGGUUGUGCCCCAAAUUACACCCUAUGGCCCCACCAAUUUUCUCUCACCAUCAGAAAACCAUAACUGUAGAUGCUCAAGCACACAUAAAUGCACGAAACAGGGAGAUUAUGAGUUUCAUUGGGGGUUUAGAUCUUUGUGAUGGUCGCUAUGAUACCGAACAACACUCGUUGUUCCACACUUUGAAUAUGGAAUCCCACUGCGGUGAUUUCUAUCAGACAAGUAUAUCAGGUGCCAAGCUUCAAAAAGGAGGGCCAAGAGAGCCAUGGCAUGAUGUUCACGCUUGUGUAACAGGUGAGGCUGCUUGGGAUAUAUUAACAAACUUCGAGCAACGAUGGACUAAGCAAUCAGACGCUUCACUCUUAGUCCCCACGAGCAUCUUAUUAAAUCUGAUGCCCCAGCUUGAAACAAACACCAACCCACAAAAUGAUUGGAACGUGCAAGUUUUUCGAUCUAUUGACCACUUGUCUGCCAGCCAAGUGUUCAGAAACUUGACGGUUGAACGAACCAUCCACGAAGCUUAUGUUGAAGCCAUCAGGCGAGCAGAGAGAUUUAUUUACAUCGAAAACCAAUAUUUCAUAGGAGGGUGCCACUUGUGGGACAAAGAUCAGCAUUGCGGAUGCACGAAUUUGAUACCGAUCGAAAUUGCACUCAAGGUGGCUAAUAAGAUCAAGGCAAGGGAGAGAUUUGCAGUUUAUAUAGUGAUACCAAUGUGGCCAGAAGGACCUCCAGAGAGUGAAUCAGUUGCGGAAAUGCUACAUUGGACUAGGCAGACAAUGAAAAUGAUGUAUAAACUUAUUGGAGAAGCCAUCCAAGAAACUGGGGAGAAGGCCCACCCAAGAGACUACUUGAAUUUCUUUUGCCUUGCAAACAGAGAAGAAGAGGGAGAAUGGGACUUUGUUCCACCGCACAGUCCUGAACGAGCAACUCAGUACUGGAAUGCCCAACAACAUAGGAGGUUCAUGGUCUAUGUCCAUUCCAAGGUCAUGAUAGUGGACGAUUUGUACAUUCUGAUCGGAUCGGCAAACGUAAACCAGAGAUCCAUGGACGGAGGGCGAGACACAGAAAUUGCAAUCGGAUGCUUCCAACAGGAAAAAGAUGCAGAAGAGAUGCCAAAUGGAAGAGACAUUUCUACAUUCCGAUUGUCGCUUUGGUAUGAACAUACGCGACGCUUCGAAGAACUGUUCUUAAACCCCGAAACCUUGGAUUGCGUUCAAAGGGUUCGUUCAAUAGCAGACGAAUCGUGGAGAAUUUACAGCGGAGAAGAAGCUGCAGACAUGGAAGGGGUUCACCUCGUGGCAUACCCUGUGAAGGUGAAUCAGGAGGGAUCGGUGGAGGAUUUGGAAGAAAACGGAGGCCAUUUUCCUGACACCAAAUGCCCCAUUAAAGGAAGAAGAUCGAUGCUCUUGCCGCCCAUUUUCACGACCUAGUUUUAAUGGAGACGUGAAUGGCAAUGGGCUAACUUUGAAUUUCCCCUGAAUUUGUUCCUCCCUGAAUGAGAAUACCCAAGUGGGGAAUUGGAGUUUGGAGGGAAAAGUUCAAAUCUUUUCUAUUUAUUCAUUUAUAUUGCAAAAUAAAUCAAGCCAAUUCAUUUGAUCACAAAAA